CUGUCCUUGCUCACCACGAGCCACCUAUCAAUAAAGAUAACUGUAACCUACUCCUUAAAUCCAGGUGUACACCCUCUCUCGAAAAACGUAUCUUGAUACUUGUAAUAGUGAAUACUUACCUCUACUCGCCUCAAGUUGGUGCUCAUGUAUAAAAAAACACGUUAUCGCAGGCAAAGCAAGGAAAGGGACGAUCAUAAUAGGAUUCCGCACAGAUGGCUGUCAAAGGCAAAGCGGAGGACACUAAGACUGUCUUCCUACAUUUGCUGCUAUGCCUGGUCAUUUUUUACACUACAUAUUAUAUGAUUGGCAGUGUCUGUUUUGGUGCCUUUAGACUUGAUCAUUUUGAUGGACUCAUACCCUUUGAUUUUAAAACAGAGCCUACAGAAUCAAAUUCCAAGUACCUUGUAAAUCUGCUUUCCAUGGAGCUUACAUAUUUUAGUAGUGGGCUACUUUUUGCUGCUGUUGUAAAACGCUGGGUUUGGGAUUAUGCCAUCACUGUCACAUGUAUUCAUGUUGGGCUAACAUCUGCAGUAAUGCAGGAGUUUCCCCUGAUCUGGCAGUGGUGGCUGGCUCUUGGCAGUGGGUUGUUUCUGAUGAUCUGCAAUGGUCAGCUGAUUGCUUACUUUGCCUGCCAGAACGACCACAGUUAUCCGACAUUUGACAACUACUGAGAAGUUUUCUCAGAACAGCACUUGACUGUGUACCUUGUGGUUUUGGAAUUAUGGUGUGCUUUGGACAGCUGACAACCAUCUGAGCUAAGUCAAAAAAUGUACAUCAGAUGUAUUCCCUCCAUUCAACUUGACUGCCUUUCCCGGUUUUGCCUUUUAUAAAAGAUGCACAAUCUAAAGAUGUUUUAAUCUAAAGAAGUUUUUAAUGUAAAAUCUCAUGCUUCAGCAACACAUGGCCUUGCUAUUUUCUUUUGCUCAGAGGAUGGAGAAUAGUCAAUGAAGUACUAAGGGGACAACAAAAUAUAACUGCCUGGACACUCAAUUCUUUUUGGUUUAAGGAAAGUAUUAUGGAAACAUGUCAAAUAUCCACUAUUAUGCCAACCACUGUAUAUAAAAGGGUUUAUGGUGACAUACCCUGUUAUGUUAUAGGAAUAUAAAAAUACAUGAAGAUUAAGGACAUUCUGUGGCAAUUAGAAGCAGAUGAUUUGCAUAUGUGCAGCACAGUGUCACAGUGGUGGAGCUGCUGCCUUAUGGUAAGGAGACCAGGAUUCACAUCCCAGGUCCUUUCUACAUGGAGCCUGCAUGUUCUCCUGCUCUCUGUGUGGGUUUCUUCCGACCUCCUUCUAAAGACAUGCAGGUUAGCUGAUUUUGUGUUACUAAACUGGCCCUGUUCUCCGUGUGUGUGCCCACCCAGCAAAGGACUGGCGCCCUGUCCAGGGUUCGUUCCUGCCUUGCCACCUAUAAUAGCUGGGAACGGUCCAGCAUUCAGAACUAAGUGGGUUAGAAAAUAACUGACUGACUACUUUACAUGUUUUUAGGACUCCUUGCUUUUUUUUUUUUUUUUUAAAUUAAAACAUAUUGUAUUUAAAAAGCAAUCUCUAAACCUCACUCCAUGAUUUUAUGCCAACUACUAAUUUAGAUUGACUAGGUGUGAAUGGGCAUGGGUGUGUAUAUGGGUUUGCUAUGCGAUAAACUGGUAUGCCAUCCACUCUCAGUUCCUGCCACUCGAUGUGACCCAGAACAAAGUUCUGAUAUACCUGAAUUAAUAUGCUGAAUUUGUCUGUCACUUUCUUGGUUAAAAUAAUUACUGGAGAAUAAAAUUACACAUUUAUUACUGCAAUGUUUCUCUUUGGCAAACUGUGUUGGAAACUUUAAAAAAAUUGUUGCUACACUUGGUUCACUCUGUGCAAAACCACAACCCUCCCUCCUCCCAUCAAAUCACCAAGGCUGCAAUGCCCUGCAGCGAUACA